AUGGAACAGCCAAGAAGGAACACGGCCAUCCAUCAACCGCGCACCGCUGAUGGAACAUCGUUGCAAUCACCAGUUCAACCGCUGUUGAACCAGUUAAAACAAAAGACGGCCAAAACCUUCAAGGCAGCCGAUUGGAAAGCGAGCGCAAAAAUCGCGGAGGGCUCGUAUGCUGAAUGCUUCCGUAACGCCAAAGGACAGAUAAUAAAGCUGCGACCGCUGCAGCCGGACGACAAGGCGUUGCUGUCUAGUGCGGUGUGUGAGGCGGCGAUAACGAUGGCCCUCAACCACCUCGAUCACGCCAACUUCGUCGCGACUAGUCGCAUUCGCGUAAUCCGUGGCCCGAUCCCUGCGGCUUUGCGUCAAGCUCGACAGGCCACCAUAGUUGCUGAAAAGGGCUACUUCCUGCUGAUUGAGCAAGAAGAUGGUGGCACCGAAUUGGAAGGCUUCAACUUCACAGAUGAUCGACAGCGAUUUGCAACUCUCCAACAAGUCGCGUUUUCUCUGCGAAAAGCCGAAGAGGCGUUCAAAUUCGAGCACCGUGACCUGCAUCUGGGAAACGUACUGAUCGCCAAAACGUCCGAAACUCUACAAGUCUUUCAAGUCGCCGGACACGACUUUGCGGUCAACACUCACGGGAUCCGCGCCGUAUUAAUAGAUUUCACUUUGUCAAGGCUCGAGCACCAAGGAGAAAUCUUCUACACGGACCUCGAGGCGGAUCCAGAAUUAUUUGAAGGCAACAUGGCCCCGCAAGCAAGUGUGUAUAUAGCCAGCCGAGAAGUGGUCCGGCGUAAUUGGGCAAAUUUCGCGCCGCAGACCAACUACAUGUGGCUCGUGUCCUUGGCAAAAAAUCUGCUGGAAAAGAUUGACAAGAAAGCUCAUCCGGCCGCGGCAAACCUCCUCAGCUUCUUCCGCAGAAAGACCACUGGCGCACCCACCACGCUGGAAGGCCUGCUUGCACAUCCCGUGUGGGCAGCUUUUUGUGCAAUU